GGACAAACACAGACAGGGACAAAAGACUACGCUGACUUAGAGAUCCAGAGUCAGAACUUUCCUCUCACAGUCGGCUAUAAGAGACUAAAUGCCUAAAACCAAGUUGGAGAAGAAAGAGACAUGAGGAGGGCAAUCCUGUUGCCUGGGAUGCUGUGUACCGGAGAGUAACAAGGGGCUGUGUUACAACAGAUGGCUGGUGGCAUCAUGGCAACUUUGCACCCUUCAUUGCUCACAACCCUACCGCUGCCAAAGAAUCUAACUAAUAACACAGAGGACAGUUGUGUUUUCAAUGAGGGAUUCAAGUUUUUGCUGCUGCCUAUCUCCUACAGUGGAGUGUUUAUGGUGGGCCUGCCUCUAAACAUAACAGCUAUAUGGAUAUUCAUUGCCAAAAUGCGACCAUGGAACCCCACAACAGUUUAUAUGUUUAACCUUGCACUGUCUGACACACUGUAUGUUCUGUCUCUACCCACUCUGGUCUAUUACUAUGCUGACCAAAACAACUGGCCCUUUGGGGUAGCUCUCUGCAAGAUUGUAAGAUUCCUUUUUUAUGCCAACCUCUAUUCCAGCAUUCUGUUCCUCACCUGCAUCAGUGUGCACCGCUACCGGGGGGUGUGCCACCCUAUAACCACUCUGAGGUGUAUGAAUGCUAAACAUGCCCAUGUGAUCUGUGCACUGGUAUGGCUAUCAGUUAUGCUCUGCCUUGUGCCCAAUUUAAUGUUUGUCACAGUCAGUCCAAAGGUUAAUGGCACAAUUUGUCAUGAUACCACACUUCCUGAAGAAUUUGACAAAUAUGUGGAGUACAGUACUGGAAUUAUGUGCCUACUCUUUGGGAUACCGUGCCUCAUAAUUGCAUGCUGCUAUGGACUCAUGGCAAGAGAACUAAUGAAACCACUUGUCAAUGGGAACCAUCAGACUCUACCAUCAUACAAAAAGAGAUCCAUUAAGACCAUUGUCAUUGUUAUGAUAGCAUUUGCUAUUUGCUUCAUGCCUUUUCACAUCACUCGAACCCUGUAUUAUUAUGCCCGUCUGCUAGGUGUCAAUUGUUAUGCACUCAAUGUGAUAAAUUUCACAUACAAGAUUACACGCCCUUUAGCCAGUGCCAACAGUUGCAUUGACCCAAUACUCUACUUUCUGGCCAAUGACAGGUAUAGACGUAGGCUGAUAAGGACAGUGAGAAGAAGUUCAGUUCAUCACAGGAGGUGUAUGCAUACAAACCACCCAGGGCCCCAUCCAGAGCCUGAGCCCCAUAUGACAACAGGACCUUUACCUGUGGUUUCUGCUGAGGAGACACAGAGCAAUGGCAGAAUGGUGAGAGAUGAGAAUGAAGAAGGUGCCAGAGAGCACAGGGUUGGAUGGACAGCCAGCAAAGACUCAAAGCAAAGGAAGAGUGUGUAUCAUCAAAGCACAAUCAAGAGAAACUCUAUGGACAAAAACAAUAUGAAAGAACACAGACAUGGGGAAAACUAUCUUCCCCAUGUAGAGGUAGUUGAAAAGGAAGAUUAUGUGACAGAAGGAGAGAACAGAAAAACAACUGGACAGGGAGAUAUUGCAGAGAGCAGGAAAACCAAUGAUGAACAGGAUGAGAUUCAGACACAAAUUAGCAGCAGUCUUAAAAAAGGAAAAUGGAGACUGUCCUCAAAGAAGGGUGCAACACAGGAAUAUGAAGAAGGCCAUGUGGAAUCCUCAUGGGAAGCAGAGGGGACCUCUACCUGGAAUCUCCUGACACCUAAAAUGUAUAGCAAGAAGGACAGGUUAGCUAAAAAUGUAGAAGGAGAGAGUUAUUGGAAGGAAAGAGAGCUGCAGAACAUUCCAAAAAUAUAAGAAGGUCUUCUGAUGCAAGAUCAUCGUUACAGGUAUGGCAUCUGUUAUAUGGGCCUGGGCCUUCUGCACAUGGUGUUUUCAGUAAUUUGGGUCACCAUACCUAAUAAACAAGAAAUAAACCCAACAGGAUUGUUUUGCCACCAAUAUGGAUACGUGCAGCUUAGUUACCAUCAAAUACAAGGUCCUGUUUUAUUAUCAGAGAAAAAAAAAUGAUAUCUGGUCUCUGGAUAAGAGACCUCAUACCUGUAGCCCAUAACUGUGAAUUGUAAAUAUUAAUUUGAACAUUAAACUGGUACUUCUAAAGCUUUUCCAGCAAUGAACCCUGUAAAAAGCUGUACAUUAUUGGGACACUAUGAGGAAUUGUCCCCAAAAUAAUGAACUUCUCAGCUGUGUGACAUUGAAAGGGACAAGAAUCUGUUUGCUGUAUUAAAGGUAAAGAGGGCA